CACACACUCUCCACUCGCGGAGGCAAACAGCAGUCAAACUGUGGAUCCUUAGCUGAUCGCUGCUCACCGCCACCUGAUGAGUUUGUGCUGCUUUUCAUGUUGCUGAUUUUGCUUUUGCGCACGCGGACAGGCGGGACGCAGAUUUCUUUUUUCCCUGCCACGUUUUAAAACCAUAACGGAGUGAGUUACAUCGAUCGAGACUGUUUUGAUCUUUUCUUAAACCCCAUCCAAGACGGCCGGAGACGUGUCUACAGUUAGUUUUGUGAGCUGUAGUGUUGUUUUGGUGGGGCGGUGGUUUGCAGAUCAUGAGAAUGCUGCCCCAGCUCCUCACUGUGGCCUGUGUUCUCUGCUUCUCCGGCUUCUCCUCUGCAGAUGUGUUACAAGCUGAGGCUUGGCUGCAGAAGUAUGGCUAUCUUCCUCCUGGCGAUGUCAGAGCUCAGGCCAUCCGCUCACCAAAGACCAUUGAAACAGCGAUAGCAGCCAUGCAGAGGCUGUAUGGUUUGACUGUCACCGGCUCUAUAGACGUAAACACAUUAGAGGCGAUGAGCCGGCCACGGUGUGGUGUCCCUGACAAGUUUGGCCCGCAGCUGAAAACAAACCUGCGGAGGAGGAAGAGAUACGCCGUGCAGGGUCUGAAGUGGGACAAGUCUGAGGUGACCUACAGCAUACAGAACUACACCCCUAAGAUCGGGGAGCGAGCCACGUCUGAAGCCAUUCGAAAGGCGUUCAGUGUGUGGGAGAGCGCCAUCCCGCUCACCUUCAGAGAGAUCCCAUACAGCCAAAUCAAAGGCAAGGUUGACAAGUUCGCAGACAUCAUGCUCUCUUUUGCGGAUGGUUUCCACGGAGACAGCACUCCUUUCGACGGCGAGGGGGGCUUCCUGGCUCACGCCUAUUUCCCCGGACACGGCAUUGGGGGGGAUACACACUUUGACCUCGCCGAGCCGUGGACCACCGGGGCCGUGGACCAGGGAGGUAAUGAUGUUUUCCUGGUCGCCGUCCAUGAGUUGGGUCAUGCUCUGGGUCUGGAACACUCAAACAACCCCUCUGCCAUCAUGGCUCCCUUCUACCAAUGGUUUGACACUGAAAACUUCCAGCUCCCCGACGACGACCGCAGAGGCAUCCAAACAGUUUAUGGAACCAAGUCUGGUGCUCCCCCUCCUCCUCCUCGACCCACAAAGCCGUCCAUCCCUGACAAACCAGAACAAGGCCCAGACAUCUGUGAGGGACACUUUGACACUAUUGCCAUUCUGAGAGGAGAAAAGUUCGUAUUCAAGGACAAAUGGUUCUGGCGUGUGCGUAACAACAAGGUGCUGCCCGGUUACCCGAUGACCAUCAGUCACUUCUGGAAGGGCCUGCCUUCAAACAUAAAUGCCGCCUAUGAGAGGGAUGAUGGGAAGUUUGUCUUCUUCAAGGGUGACAAAUACUGGGUUUUCAGUGAGUCCAGCAUGGAAAAGGGUUCCCCCUACAGCCUGAAGGACCUGGGCACUGGUUUACCGAAGGACAAGCUGGAUGCUGCUCUGUUCUACACACCAACAGGACAGACGUACUUCUUCAGAGGCAACAAGUAUUAUCGCUUCAACGAGCAAACUCGCACCGUGGACAGUGGCUAUCCAAAGCCCAUCAGCAUGUGGAGUGGCGCACCAGACAACAUCAAGGCCACCAUCAUGAGUGAAGACGGAUCUUACACAUAUUUCUACAAAGCCAACAAGUACUGGAAGUUCAACAACCAGUACAUGAAGGUGGAGUCAGGGUACCCUAAGUCUGUGCUCAGAGACUGGAUGGGCUGUGAAAGCGAGGAGCCCAAGAAGGGUCGGGAAGAGGAGGUGAUCAUCAUCGAGGUGGACGAAGUGGAGAGCGGGGCUGGGCCCGUUGCCGUGGUGAUCCCUCUCCUGCUCCUGGUGCUGGUGAUCAUCACCCUCGGAGUGCUUUUGUUCUUCAGGAAGUACGGAACGCCUCGACGCCUCCUCUACUGCCAGAGAUCCCUACUGGACAAGGUGUAGACAGAGCGAUGGGUGACUGACAGACUGAUGCAGAGGGACAGACAGAGAGGAGGAGAAGAGGAACGAGGGCCAACUGAAACUGAGAGAGGGAGGAAGUGAAAGAGGAAAGAAGAGGGAGCAACUGGAGGGGAAAAAAAUGUUGUCAGUGGUUUGUAUGUGCCACGAAAGAGGGAAAGGGCCCUAGGAACUGAAAUCAGGAAAAUGUGUAUUUGUAUGUUAACUAUGUACAUGUGCUGUUGUGUGAAGACUCUUCUUCAUCGACUUCCCUCCCGCCUCUCCUCUCUCACAUCCCAGGUAUUAAAGAAAGAGAAACAUCCCUCCUUGCUUCCUCUCCUUUAAGUGGACGACUCCAGCUGAACUGCUGUCUGAUUCAAACCAACAGAAACUUUACAAAUGUGUUUUAAUUAAAAAUAAUUCAUCUCUGUUACACGAUUUUUAUUGUUGCUGUGGAAUUCAUCUGUACGUCAUUGUACUUUUAUUUUGACUUAAUCAUUUCUACAUCUAUUGUUAAAUCUUGUAUUUUGGCAACAUUUGGAGGCUGGGUAUCAAACCUCCGACUUCUUCAGCACUGCCACAAAUCCACAGCAACAGCCAGCAAGUAGCCUAUUACUCAUAACCUUGUUUGCUUGUUUAGCCUCAGAUUUAAAUCACAUUUUAGCACUUGUACUUUUGCUUGUGUGACGUCUUUGAGAAUGUAUCACGUGAGGCCUUUUGUGUUCAUGCAAAAACAAGAGAAUAAUGUUUAUACUCCUGAAAGUAAGGUACUGACAUGUGUAUCAAUUUUGUUUUGGUACUUAAGUAUUUUAACUAACACUUUUUAAAACAACAGCAAGCCUUACACCAAAGAGGACCAUUUCAGCUGUAGUUUGAGUAUAAUGUCACAACACUUACUCUUUAAAGGUCUAGUGUGUAAGAAACUGUGACAUCUAACCACGAGGCUGCACUUUGCAACAGAUAUAGGACUCGUCCACUCACACCUCCUUUUCCAAAGUGAGUCAGGAAACUACAGUGGCUUUUGGAUACCAAAUAUUUGGAUACUCUGGCUAGUUAGUCCCUUUAGACUGUUGCAAGAAACAUGACCGUGCAACAUGGCGACACCCCAAAGCAAUAUUCUUGCUAGAAGUACAUCAUCAAAGUUCAUUUCAAGAAUAGUGAUUAUACAAUAACCUAAUUAUGGGUAGUAUAUUCAAGUAAACCUGCCAGUAAACCUUCCUAAAUGAUACACACUGGACCUUUAAGGAGAAAGUCUGAGCAUUGAUGGUUGCAGACUUUUUGGGAUUUUGUCUACAAAAGCCAAACUUAACACAAGGCUGCUUAAAGGGGUUUCAUCUGAAAGUCUGCACAUCUGCACACACAGAUGUUACUGCAGCUUCAGGUCAUCAGAGUUUCAGGAAAAACUCAAAAUUGUUCAGUGCAAGCAGUCAGACGAGAAUUUCAAGUUUUAUCCCAUAACAUGACGGUUCCGAGACAUUCCUGUACUUUUGUUGUUGUUGUCAGAUACGAGCAGAGCGGCUCGUCCGAAUGGGUCAGUACACAGAACACUUUCCAACAAUAUGGUGCAAUUUUUUAAUUAUUAUCAUUGUUAUGGGAAACUGUUGUUAUUAUAAAUAUGAUUAUUGUUAUUAUUGUUCUCCUGGUAAAGUUAUAAUUAUUUUUUUUGCUUUAGUAUAUUGUCAUUUAAAGUCCUGCUGGACAGAGGCAUAAUGUGACAAUGAUGGAAAUGAAUCCCAGUUUUCAUUCAGUGGAGGGUGAAUUAGAUCAGAUCAGAGGGUAAAUGUGACGUCAGCACAGAAUAACAAGCAAUUCUAUUUAUGUACUUUGAUACAAAUGGUGCUCAAUGAUUUUCUCUCUCUGUUUAUUUUUUACUUGGUCAAAAUUGAAGGUGAAUUGAUUUAGAUAAUGACAAUGAUAAUGGUAAUAAUAUUUAUAAUGAUGAUAUCAAUAAAAUGGAAUGAGAUUUG